AUGAUCGCCCCCAGCACUCCCGCUGCCUGCAAGGUUGACCGCCCCGUGCGGCCCCAGCCGCGCUUCACGCGUUCCUGCGACUACCGCGACGGCUGUGGCUGUCCCGUCUGCCUUGUCCGCUGCCUCGAAGGCGCGCAGGGGAAAUGGCACGCCGCCAAGACCAAGGCGGAGCGUCGCCGUCCGGCCGCAUACCAGCCGCCCCCGCCAACGAGCGACUUCCUCACCGCUUCCAAUCCGUGGUCAGGAUGA